CAAGUCAAAAAUGGCUUCCUUGUCUCUGGAGCCCACAGAACAAUCCGACAAUAGCGCAGAGGAGCCCACCGCUGCGGAAGACGAGAAAGACGCGGAGCAAGUCGCCGAACGCCUGCUCCAAACUUUCCAGCUGUCCGCGGUGAGUUUUUCCACGGAGCAGGUCUCGUGUCUGUGCGAGGCCCUCCUGCAGGCGGGCAAUGUGGAUCGCCUGUGGAGAUUCCUCUCCACCAUCCAUCCGUCGUCCGAGCUGCUACGUGGCAACGAGACCCUGCUCAAGGCCCAGGCUGUGGUGGCGUUCCACAAGGAGCGCUUCAAGGAGCUCUACGCUUUGCUGGAGAGCCACGACUUCCAACCGUCCAACCACGUCUUCCUGCAGGACCUCUACCUGAGGGCUCGCUACAAGGAGGCGGAGAGGUCCCGCGGCCGCAGCCUGGGCGCCGUGGACAAGUACCGGCUCAGGAAGAAGUUCCCCCUGCCCAAGACCAUCUGGGACGGCGAGGAGACGGUGUACUGCUUCAAGGAGAAGUCGCGCAACGCCCUCAAGGAGUGCUACAAGAGCAACAGGUACCCCACGCCGGACGAGAAGAAGAACCUGGCCAAAGUCACCGGGCUGUCCCUCACGCAGGUCAGCAACUGGUUCAAGAACCGCAGGCAGAGGGACCGGACCCCGCCCGGGACGCGCUGCAAAAGCGAGUCUGAUGGAAACCACAGCAGCGAGGAUGAGAUGAGCACCAUGGACGACACCCCGGACAAAGUGGACGAGCCUGCUGCCUCCAAGGCAUCCAUCAUCUCGCUCUCAGCAGUCAACUGCGCCUCGGGAAGUCAGCUCAUUGUCAAUGGUUCGGGCGGCUUUCUCACGGCUUCCCAACCGUUACUGCUCAACGGCAAUUCCCUCAUCUCCGGUACCGGCGCUGGUGUCAUCAUCAAUGGGCUGAGCUUGGGGGAAUGCCAGAAAGUCAGCCUGAGUCAGAUGGCCAGCUCGCCUUUGAUUCUGAACGGGGCUCAGGUUCUCGCCAAACAAGAGGGUCCGCAGCAAGCAGUUUCCUUGGCAGACCAGCAGGUUUCUCCCAUGGUUUCAAAGCCAAACAGUCUUCCAGGAGAUGUCCUCAGCACUAACACCUCACCGGUCUCUAACCCAACAUCAGUCAUCACUCUUCCCAUGCAAGCCAAGAGCCAAAGUAGCAAUGCGAUGGAUUUCAUCACUGUGCCCGAAGACAUUAUAAAACAAGAAAGCAGCCAGACAGCGUGCAUCUCUUCGUCCUUGUCUCCCUCUCCGCCGACUCUGUCGCCAACAAGCCUUCCUUCCCUGGUCCUUACACAAACCUCCCAGUGCCAGGAGGCCAUCGUCCAACCAUCCGCAGCCUUGCCCAUCUCCAGCUCUGCCUUGUCCCUCCCAAGUCAGCAAGGGGACUAUGUCGUUUUUGCCAGUUCGGCCCCUCAACUAAACCCUCCUAGCACGCUGGUCAACUCCAAUCACUCAAACCCUCAGGUGUUCUCCUUGCCCCAGGUUGUGCCUUCCAUCCAGGGUAUACCAGUAUCCCAGCUCGUUCAGCACUCCUCUGUAGCACAUGUGUCCCAAUGUCCUCAGCUAGUCCCGGUUUCCCCCCUCACGUCACCAACCAUCAACUUCCAAAGCCUUCCGACAAUGAGCAGACAGCCAGAUGCUUCUACACGGUUGGCUGAUGGUGCCACAAAUAUCGUGUCUAUCUCGCAGGUACCCAGUACUCCUCUGCCACAGCAAGUGACGCACCAAAUGGGGACCCAAACCAUCAACUGCUCGCCCGCUAAACUCCAGAAGCCACAGAUCAUGGCAAUCUCCUCACCAACACGAGUGGUUCCAGUACCUCAGGCGAAAACCACCGUACCACCUCAGUUAGUUCCCCUUUCUCUGCCCCAACUGGUGCCAGUCUCGUCCAUCCAGACGUCCUCUGCCAUCUCGUUCCCCCAGGUGGUUCCUGCCAGUCCCCCUCUGUCCAUGACCUCAGCCGGAGUUCCCUUGCAGAUUCUGGCUUCAGCGCCUGGCGGGAUCAAUCAAAGUCCUCUCAGGAUAAACCAACUAAGACCUAUUCACAGUGUAGCCCCCCCAACCAGUGUGACACCUGGUAUGCAUCUGCUCAACUCUGGGAUCAUUCAGCUAUCUUCUGCACCUCAAGGUAACCUUCUCCUGGGUGGAAGCCCCUACUUGAGUGUCCAGCAAGGGAAGCUGAUUCUGACCAUUCCGGCUGGCUUCCAACUCACCAGUUUGCCUCUGAAACCAGUUCCUGAUACAUCCCCUCAUCCUGCCAAUGGGGUGAGCCUUGGUCUCACCCCAUCAAACGUCCCUGUAACGUCCCAACUUUCGACCACCCCGGACCAGCCCACCAACGUCCUCGGAACACCUCCGCUGAACUUCCUCAAUCUGCCUGCUCCGUACUACACCACGGAGACUGAGAGCGCAACCACCCAGAGACCCCCUGUUUCCUCACUGAUCGCGCUGGACCCGUCAGUCGCCCCCACCACGCCAAACGCGCUCUCCCCGGAGCGCAUGCUCACCCUCAGUCCUAUGUAUGGAGGGGGGGUGACGCCCAACAUCCAGUUGUCCCAGCCGGCCUGGAGCCCGCUGCCCCUUUCCACCUCGGCCGGUCUUACUCUUUUUGAUGGGCGAGGGAAGGGAGAGCUAUCUGGAGAGCCAACUUUGUUGGGUCUACCGGGUGGGGAGGCCCUGCUUUUGGGGAGCCCCUCUACAGAGCAGGACACCAGCUCCCUACUCGGCCAUGCGGAAGAAAUAGAUGGGGAUGCUAAGAUUCUGACUCAGCUUCAAUCGGUCCCCGUGGAUGAUGAGCUGGGCUUGUAGACUUGUUUACCUGCCACUUCUGGGGGAAAAAGAUCACACCGCAGCAAAAACAAUGAAACAUGCCAUAUGGUGCCUAUUAGUUUAUGUUCUUGACCUGUUCACUCGAGUACGACCAUCACAGCCUCGCCUGGCACUUAGGAGAGGAAUCUUCUGCAGCUUUAAUAGACAGCAUGGGGCAUCCAUCCAUCCAUCCAUCCAUCCAUCCAUUCAUUUUCUACCGCUUGACUUUGGGCUAAAGGGAGACUGCACGCUGGAGUGACCGCCAGUCGAUCACAGGACACAUCGAGACAGACAAGCAUUUACAUUUACCUGCACCUAGUCAGUGAACGUCAAGUCAUACCAUGCUAGCUAUGCCAAAGUCAACAGGCUAAUGUUGACGGUAGGUUCUGGAGUUUCUGGAGCAGUGCUUUUCAACUCCCCUUAGACAACAAAAUUGACCACCCACGAUAUACACACUCUAAAUUGAUUACAGGUAUUAUGGUUAUUUUUUUAUCUCAAAAAUAAGCUUUUAGAAUCUUUUUAAAAAUCACUAGAUCACUGUCAAUGCAACAUUUUCCCCACAGUCACACUGAAAUUGUAGGUGAAUCAACACUUUUGAACAUUAAAGACAAAUAACAUUUAAAAAAAUUAACCCAACGAGGAUAAUUUCAUUUUAGCAACAAAUUAUUUGAAGAAGUUUGGGAAACCUCAUGUCACAGACUUUUGUUUUUAACAGUGUCACAGCGAUUCUUUCACAAAUAUGCAAUUUGCGUAGUUAGUAAAAGCAUCUCAUUUUAGCAACAGAUCAAUCGAAAGGCUUGCAAAAUUUCACGGCAAAUCAUUUUGCCUAAUCAGUGGUUCUGAUAAUAAUCCUAAUAAUUCAUGACUGCUCAAUUUGCUGCUUUCUGUAAUACUGCAUUUUAGGACCACAAUUGGAAAUCAUUGCAAGACUUGUGGGAAAUGUCAAGUCAGAUGUAUUUAUUUAUUUAUUUUUCUCAUCAGUGCUUCUGAUUCCAAAAUAACCGACUACACAUUUUUGCUGCUUUGUGUAAUACCAUCUCACUUUAGCCAAUUUAUCAGAUCAAACCAACGCAAGACAUUGUGUAAUUUUAAGUCUGUCAAGGUGAUUCUGAAACCAAAAUAAUUUGACUGCUAAAUGUGCGUCUUUUCAUAACACUAUGAUUUUAGGAGGUUCACCCAUUCAUUGGAACCACUGUAAGACGAGUGAAAUUUCUUAAACGUAUCACAGUGGUUCUGACACCAAAAUGAUUCAUCAAACCCAACCCAUCUUGCUGCUUUUCGUAAUACCGUCUCAUUUUAGCAAGACAAUUAAAAUCAUUGCUAGUAAGAAUUUUUCAAAACAUCACAGCGAGUCUGACGCAAAAUCAAUACAAGCCUUGCACAUAGUGCUACAUUUUGCAAUACUAUCUUAUUUUAACGAUGCAUUCACAAAAAUCAUUGCAAGAUGUUUGUGAAAUUUCAUUUUUUGUGACUUCACGAUAUUCUGAUACCAAAAUAGUUCAUGACUGCUCCAUUUGCUGCUUUUCAUCUCAUUUUAGAACCACAGUAAUUGAGAUCAUAUCAGUGAGACAUUUCAAAAACGUAUAGAUACUAUAUAUGGUAUUUGGACACCAAAAUAAUUAAUUACUGCGGACCUUACUGUUUUUCCAUAACAGAGCAGCAUCCCAUGCUAGCCACUCAUUAAAGGCAUCGCAAUGAUGUUGAUGAAAUUUCACACCAGAGAAUUUACUUAAACAUGUCACAGUGGUUCUAACGCCAUAAUAGUUCAUUACCACGCACCUUACAGCUUUUUGUAAUACUGAUUCAUUUUAGGACUACUUUAAUUGAAAAUCAUUGCAAGUCAGAAUUGUCGGUUCUGACACAGGUCACAGUAGUUCUGGAACCGUAAAUCAUUACCACACACCUUUUCGUACUUUUUGGAAAACUGUCUCGUUUAUAUUCAAGAUAUUCAAAUCAUUUCAAGACCGUCAAAUUUCAAGUCAGAGAAUUUUCUUAAACAUAUCACAGUGGUUCUGACACCAAAAUAAUUACCACGCAUCUUGCUGUCUAAUUUUAGCAACACAUGAACUAAAAAAAAGUCGUUGCAAACAUGAUGGUGAAAUUUCAAUAAUUUAAUUUCCAACCAAAGAAUGUUUGUUCUUUAUUGUUUAUUUUUCAAGCUGUUGCGCCUCCCCUGAAGUCCUCUGGCAUCUCACAUUCUGAAAACCUGUUCAAAGAAACUGGAUCCAGAUUGGAUCAUUGGACGAUACCGCGCAAGAAAUGAUCAUGACCUCGUUUAUUCUCGCAGCUGGUGCGAAUGUUUCGCUCCGCUUGCACUGUGGAUGUGUAUGGCUUUUGGUUGGCAGUGCGGUCAAAGUUAGUUUUGGAGGCAACACAGUAAACUAUUCACCAGACCAUCUGGGAAAGGCACAGGUCUUGAAAUAGUUGGGUGUUGGCUGACAUGUCCAAAAAUGUUUGUAUUUUUUUCCCCAUAUUGUUUGAUGUUCUACUAACAAGGAGUCCACAUUUUUAUGUGAAACACUAUACUGUAUGUUAAAGCUUCUAAGGACGUCCAGUUGUAUUUUAUCACUUGCCUUUACCACUUAAACGAGACAACUGCCCUCCAUUUUUAACAAUAUUAACUAUGCAAUAUUUACGCUUAUAGGACACUAAAGUGUUUCAAGUUGGGAAACACUUGGGAGCGCAAUGAAAGCUUUACAUUUCUGAACUUGACAUCAUGAUGCUGCAUGAUACUAAAAGACAACGAUAAGUGCCUUAUAUUAAAGCUUACAUUUUGAAUAAAAUGUUUUGACAUGUCUGCAUCCGAACGGGACUUGUUAGAAUACACACUCGUUCAUGUAUAGUUUUCAUUUCUGGUAAAAAUGUGUUUUAUUUUGAGUUUUCUUUGUAUAUUUUGCACAUUUCACCCAUACAAUGUUUACACCGUGUUGCUAUAACAAUGUCGGGACUCGUGAUCAGUUUGGACUUUAUAAUUGCAGAAAAGCUUAACUCUUUGCUUUAAUUCUAGUCUGAAAUUGUCAUGUGAACCUUCCACAGUCAGCGGUGAAACCAGUUUUGGCCAUUUAUGGUACACAAAAAAAACACAUGCAAGGGUUGUGUUGUGUUAUACGGAAGCGUAUUGCAUUCACUUGGAUUAAAAUAACAAAAAAAGGGGGCUUUGUUUUUUUGAAUAUUUUUUUCUGAGUAUUUUUUUGUUUUUCUGACUAAUUGUUUUUCUCAGUUUUUCUGUCUAAUCCCCCCCCCCC